UUAUUUUUUUAUAGUCGUUGUCUUGUCCCCCCAAACCUGCAGCUCACUCUUUCUUUCUUCCUUUCUUUCUUCUUCCUCAGCUCCCUUCCUUCUUUCCCUUCCUCUGAACUCAAAUCUUUAACAAAAAAAAAAAAAAACCUUGUUUUCUAAUCUCUACUCAAAUCUAGGGUUCGGUUCCACACACCAUCUUUUAUCUAUUCUUUUUUCCUUUCAAACCCCAUAAAAAAUUAUAACCCAAAAAACCAACAAAAGAAAUAAAAAGUUGGGAUUUCUCUCUUUGGUUUUUUUAAAGCUUCACACUUUGAUAAUAGUACCAUUUUUUUAACAAUUUUCGUUGGUUUUGUGGGUUUUUGUUAAUUUGUUUAAUUCCUCCCCAACUUUUGAUGUUUGUUGUGAAAUAGUUAACAAUAUGGCUGGACUAGAUUUAGGCUAUGUUCAACAACUUCACCGCCCUGAUCUGCACCUCCAAAGCAGUCAAACCAGUCAAUACGCCGAUCAACACGACGACGACAACGACGAUAGCGGCGGCGGCGGCCACCAGCCCGGCCCAGGCGACAUCGUCGGGCGGAGGCCCAGGGGACGCCCGCCGGGCUCCAAGAACAAGCCCAAACCGCCGGUGAUUAUAACCCGGGAGAGUGCCAACACCCUGCGGGCCCAUAUCUUGGAAGUCGGAAACGGCUGCGACGUCUUCGAAUGCGUGGCGACUUACGCCCGCCGCCGGCAGCGUGGGAUCUGCGUCCUCAGCGGCAGCGGGACCGUCACGAACGUCAGCCUCCGGCAGCCGACGGCUGCCGGUGCGGUGGUGACGCUGCACGGGAGGUUCGAGAUUUUGUCGCUUUCGGGUUCUUUCCUCCCACCGCCAGCUCCGCCGGGGGCCACCAGUUUGACCAUAUUUUUAGCUGGUGGUCAAGGGCAGGUAGUUGGUGGGAGUGUGGUCGGGGAGUUGACCGCUGCCGGGCCGGUUAUUGUAAUUGCUUCUUCGUUUACGAAUGUUGCUUAUGAGAGGUUGCCGUUGGAUGAAGAUGAGCAGCAGCAGCUUCAGAUUCAGCCGCCGGUUUCGCAAGCUUCCGGCGCUAGUAGCGGCGGAGGAGGCGGUGGUGGUGGUGGUGGAGGAGGAGGAGGAAUGAACCCUUUUCCCGACCCGUCUUCCGGGCUACCUUUCUUUAACAUGCCUCAGCUGCCGGUGGAUGGUUGGAAUGGAAAUACGCCGGUUCGUCCUCAGUUUUAGGAGAAAUGAAGGAAGACGGUUUAAGAUAUUGUUGUUCUGAGGAGAAAUAGGAUUUGCUGAAUGAUGAUAUGAAAUGAAAGGUGAGAGGCUUCCAAUUUUAAUUAAUAAUCAAGUUUUAAGUUGUAUUACUUGAUGAUCAUUCUUCUUCUCCUCUUUCUUCUCUCUUUAGUGUUGUUGGUUCAGUCAAUUAGGAGUUUUUUCUUUUUUUUUUUGUUGUUUUUUCUUCUUCUUUUUGGAGGAGUGGAGGGGGAUGUGGGGAGUCAUUGUAGUUUUAUUUUGGAAAUUAAUAGUGCCCUUUCUAAUUACUGUUUUUCUUCACUCUCUUUUGUUAGAAAUGGUUUGAGAGAAAUUAGUCCAAAAAAAGAAAAAUGUUGAUUCUGUUCUUUGUUCAUACAUAUUCUUGCAGAAUUGAUUAUGUUUGCUCACUAUCUCUUUGUUAACUUCUUCAAGUUUGUUCAUCCUAUACGAAUAGGCAUAUGUAGAAGCUGCUUGCUCACUACUUCAUAUUUCUCUCUUUUAACUAAAGGUUAGAAUAAUGUAUAUAGUUAAUUCUUUGAUAUAAUAUUAACCAAAAACAUAGAAGUAUAACGGGAAUUUUUGGGGGUAUAUGUUGCAUUGCUCCAAAUAUUGAUGCACUCUCUUUCUCCAUACACAAGACAAUUUUUUAUUUAGGAUAGUAAGAAACGCUCUUAGCAAUUAAAGGUGUUUCUGGGACGGAUUCUUUUUGUUGGAUGAGUUGUCAAGUUAUGGUUUUCCUAAAACACGAGCAAACAUGCAUUAAUGUUUGGUUUUUGCUGAAAUCUUUGAUGCAUCUUAGCUCAGAUUUGUGGUACUACUAUAUUUUUGGGAAAUUGAUCCCAUCUGGGUUUUUUUCUUUUUUUUUUUACUGAAAACCAUGCUUCUUCUCCUUCCUAGUUCCUGCUCUAUCUGUCACACACACACACACACACAUAAAUUUGGUUUCAGAAGUACUGGUAGUAAACCAUGGCAAGUUGUCCAAAUGGCCAUUUUCCAGUUUUUUCAGAGGCGUUACAUUGCACUUGAUUACCUCAUGAUUGAUGUUACUUGUCUUCUCAAUAAUACAAUGCAUGAAUUAAUGUAGUACCUAAUUUUAAUUAACAAAUCCCAUCUUUGAUUAUUUUGAAUUCCCCCCACUUUUUUAAAGAAAAAACAAAAAGAGUCCAAUGCUUAUCCAAAGAAGCAAUUCAGAAAUAUAUAUAUUUUUUCAUUAUUAAAAAAGUUUUAUCAAGUUGCACGAGAAGUUGACAUUCUUGAUGAGUCCUCUUAUCUGGCAAAUCCUUGGUCAACGAUCUCCAUCCUUACCGAUCACCUGAUGAUUCAAGUCCUGUUUGUUCAUGCAUUUGAUGGUAUUCUUAUUGGCGGCAUUGUUUGCAUGGUGCAAAGUUUCUUUUCCGAUUAUCAUCAAUCAAAUGGUUUUUUAGUCGCUUCGAAGUUACUGUUUUUGCAAUUUAAUUAUGACAACUUGUCGAUCUUCUUGGUUCAAUCUCUUUGGUUAUACUCCCUUUGGCCCCAGAAUAAUUUAGGGAAGGAAAAUGGUUGGUAACUUAGUCCACUAUUGUUAUAGGUUCAAGAAUCAAGAUACAUGCAUGAUGAGUUGAAUGUUACCGUUUUUAUUUACUUUUUACAUGCAUCACUACUUGAGUUGAAUGUUACCGUUUUUAUUUACUUUUUACAUGCAUCACUACUACUUUGCUUAAAAUGAAUUUUAAAACGGACUUCAUAUUGAUUUUUAGACUAACAAUAGGUUUUGAAGAGACUAUAAAUCCAAAGGUAAAGAAGAGUAUAACCUGUUGUAGCACUUUUCUGUUUUGGUUUGUCGUUUAGAAAAUUUUAGGCUUUUUAUUCUUCUUAGGGACAGUAAAACAUCCCUCCAAUUACUGUAGUAUGAGUAAGAUCGAAGGCAUCUAAUAACCUAAUCCCCAUAGAAACUCCAAGGGUUUUCUUUCCCGCACAUAAAAAGAUAAACCAUAUAAAUAGCUCUCCAUGGCUUCUUCUGCUCAUAAGUUUACGCAUUAUUUGCACUAAAGAGCGAGUUUGUACUUAUUCUGCUCAAAAAAAAUUUAUUCUCGUAUCAUUUUAAACAAAAAGAAUAAUAACUUAUAGCUUCCUAUGUCUAUUUCGUUGUUUAUGAUUUAGUUUCUUGGACGUAGCUUGAUUAGUACAUAUGUGGGA